GCACGCACUAAAAACUCAGGCUACCUCUAUGUUUUGCUUAAAAAACGCAGGAGGGCUGUGCACAGGUGUGAGACGGCAGACGGUGACAACCUGCUUAUACAGAAGGACGACAAGAGGCUUACCUCAUCAUCGGUUUAUUUCCACUUGACUGCAGCUCGGCAACGAGCUUGUUAGUGGAUUUGCCUGUGCAUUGGAUGACACCCUGCUGUCGGAAGACAGUAAUUUAGCAGCGCUACAAUGCCGUCUCUGCGACACUCCUACACGGUAACAGUACCGGAGGAACCGGCCGCUUUCUCGUUAGACAGACCGGAUCUGCGGCGCAAGGGUUCUUCGUUUUCCCGGUCUGUGCUGGUGUCCACAUUCAUGGGUCUGAUCAUCAACCAGGCCAAGAAUAAAAGUCCCCAGGGCCUGGUGGGACUAAGAAACCUAGGGAACACAUGUUUUAUGAACUCCAUCGUACAAUGUCUGAGUAACACUCCGGAGCUGAGAGAUUACUGCCUGAGAAACAUCCAUCGCACAGACCUCAACAACAACUGCAGGGAUAACGCUGCUCUCAUGGAAGAGUUUGCUAAGCUGACUCAAAGCCUUUGGUCAUCUGUGAAUGAGGCCAUCAGUCCUUCUGAUUUCAGGAACCAGAUCCAAAGAUAUGCUCCCAAAUUUGUAGGUUGCAAUCAGCAGGAUGCCCAGGAAUUUCUGCGUUGCUUAUUGGACGGCCUCCAUAAUGAGGUGAACAGAGUGACAGUCCGUCCUCAGGUGUCUGCUGAGGACUUUGACCAUCUCUCGGAUGAUGAAAAAGGCAAACGGAUGUGGAAUAUGUACUUGGAGAGAGAAGACAGCAAAGUAGUGGAUCUAUUUGUUGGACAACUGAAAAGUUCUCUAACCUGCUCAGUUUGUGGCUUCCGCUCCACCAUGUUUGAUCCUUUCUGGGACCUAUCCAUACCUAUUGCACAGAAGAGCUCAGGUGAAGUGACACUCAAAGACUGCUUGAGACUCUUUACAAAAGAAGAUGUGUUAGAUGGAGAGGAGAGACCUACAUGCAACCGAUGCAAAGCCAGAAGGAAAUGCACCAAAAGAUUCAGCAUCCAGAAGUUUCCUCAGAUCCUUGUACUUCACCUGAAGCGUUUCUCCGACUCUAACAUCCAAGCCAGCAAACUUUCCACUUAUGUCAACUUCCCCCUCAAAGAGCUGGACCUGCGGGAAUUUGCCUCAGAGAGCAGCGAGCGUGCUGUGUAUAACCUGUACGCAGUAUCCAACCACUGGGGAAACACUUUGGGAGGCCAUUACACAGCAUACUGCAGGAACCCUGCGCUGGGGGAGUGGUACAGCUACAACGACACCAGGGUGAGCCCAAUUUCCUCCAGCCAGGUUCGCAGCAACAACGCCUACGUCCUCUUCUAUGAGCUGGCCACCUCCCCACACAGCAAAUAUCAGACGUGUCGGCUUUAGACUGUGGAGGAGUGAUGAGCUGGGCCUAAAAAUGAGUUUGACACUGCCUGCCAGGAGAGAGCUCACCCUAGUGGAGAGAGUCCUACUUUACCAUUACAAACUGUGAAUUCUCAACACAAAGCCAAGCUGCUGAGGGGACAGCCACCUGUUGACGUUCAUCUUAAUGCAGUUUUGAGAGGAAAAGGAAACGCAUUUGAAUGUGAAUGUGCACAUGUGCAAGCACAUUUGAACUUUGUGAUUUCAAGCCGAGCUCAAUAUGUUGAGUAGAACUGAACUGACACUGGGAAAAAAUUACUUCUACUGUCAAAAGGUUAAGAGUCUUGGUUUAGCUGUCAGUCAAACCUAAAAUGCCUGUUUGGAGUACGAGAUCUUUUUCGUGGUGUACAUGCAGCUGUGGACUCUGGCUCUAGACUAUGUUUUAUAGUUUGAUAGUUUCUGUAUUUUUUUGCAGUUUGAACAUGGACUAUUAACCCUAAGUACAUUAUUAAGUGAGGACACUGUAGAGACUUGAAUAGUGUCACACACACUGACUGCAGGAUAUAAAUUAUGCUAUUUAAAUAUGAUACCAGCAAGUGAAAGUGUGUACUGUACUGUAUUUCAUUUUACAAAGCCUUAUGGUUUUCUCUUGUAACAGUGGAAAUCCACUAACAGAAAGAGGAUGUUCUACGUCAAAGCAAAUUUUAUUUUUGUAGAGUAUUUAUAGGCAGUACCAUGAAUAUGAAAAAGGCAGACAUACCAAAGCAGCUGUGCAAAAAAAAUGCUUUAGCUAUAAUUUUUCUUGCAAUACUGUUGACAACUUUACAUCUAAGUCACUUUAGCGCCUAUAAAUUAUUGAAAUUCAGUGUCAACUUACACAGAAUCAUGUGUUAAUUAUUUUAACCCAUUAUACAGUCAACCAUAUGAGCCAACAGAAAUCAUAUUCUAUGUAGACAAUCAACCAGUCCACCUGGGCCACCUGGGAGCAGUAGCACAAGCUAAAACACAAACAUAUUAUCACCUUUGUAAAGCUGUUAUGGCAAAUGUUAGACAAACCGUAACUAUAACUGGUCAUUCGUGCAGCAUUAGAGAUG